CUGCCUCUGAUUGGCGGAUGGGCGGGCUCUUCACAGCGGCUGGUCAGGUCGCGUGGUCUUGUAGUGGGGUCGUGGCGUGCGGGUCCCAGGCAGGAAUUUUUACUCUAGGGACCUUUGCCUCCUGGAGAAGCCGCUCUGAAUGUCUCGGGCUCCCUUCCCUAACGGAAGUGCCGUUCCCAGUUCAAAUUCUUACGCUCCUCGUUGCUGGAUUGCUUGCUGGUCAUCAAGGGGGAAACAGAAUGACAGUGGAAGAGUCUGGCCCCUCCCACCUUGCCAGCCUGAUACUGUGUCUUCAGCCUCAUCUGUGAGUAUUGUAUCCAAAAAUCUUUAACUUCAACAUAAGCAGGAUCUACAGGAUUGAAGACAAAAAGUGACACUAAGAGGAAAAAUCGAAACAUUCUGCAGGACAAAUAGCUUAGUCUCGUAAAGUCAGUUGGUGUCAUUAACAACAAUAAUAAAACCCUUUGCCGCUUUUUGUGGGCUGCUGCUCUUCCAGCGUCAUGGUGCCAUCACUGUGGAAGGGGCUGGUGGGCAUCGGCCUUUUUGCCCUAGCCCAUGCAGCCUUUUCUGCUGCGCAGCAUCGUUCUUACAUGCGGUUAACAGAGAAGGAAGAUGAAUCACUGCCAAUAGAUAUAGUUCUUCAGAUACUUCUGGCCUUUGCAGUUACCUGCUAUGGGAUAGUUCACAUUGCAGGGGAGUUUAAAGACAUGGAUGCCACCUCGGAACUGAAAAAUAAGACAUUUGACACGUUAAGGAAUCACCCGUCGUUUUAUGUAUUUAAUCAUCGUGGUAGAGUGCUGUUCCAGACUUCGGAUGCAACAAAUUCUUCAAACCAAGAUGCACUGUCCUCUCACACGUCGUUGAAGUUACGAAAACUUGAAUCACUGCAUCGGUAGGGUUUUUUUACAAAUUGGAAUGGGACAGGCCACAGAGCUGGAAUGUUGGAGUUUGGGGUAAAAAACAACUCGCCCCAUUGGUAUUUAUAUCGAUCUUUCAGACCUAAUUUUAAAAAGUCUCUGGUCCUUGUCUGUAUACUGUUAAUCAAAUCAUUGAUGCAGUAUGAAUUAUCUGUGAAAUGUCAUUGAUCUUUCCUAGAGAGCGUUCCUUUUUUCAUUUAAAACAAAUUUGCAUCUUUUGUAAAAGUCACUGUUUUGAACACAUUUUUUGAAACACAUAUUUUGAAAAAAGCGUUGAUGUUUUUGUCAUUGUUUUCUUAGAUUUCUUUUCUUCACACUACAGUUUUUAGGAUCCCUUGGGCAACAGUAUGACAACUGUGUAUGCAACAUGAGUGAUAGGAGAAUGGUUGUCAGUUCUUAACAAAUGGAUGUGCUAUGCUUGUGUGUUUUAAAUAAAUAUAUUAGUGACCAAAAGUAUAGAGGAAUUAUUAUUAAUUCAGUGCGGUCCCAGGUUAUACAAGCAGUAUGAAAUAAAUAUACACCAAUGACUACAAAAAUGUGGAAGUAGUCAUUAUUGAGAAAGAAUUCCACGUGCUGCCUAAAAACCUAAAGUGACUUGCCUCCAAUUUACCCGUCUUUUUGAAACCUCAUAUUCAGUCAGCCUGUCAGUACUAAGUGUGCUGAACACUUUGUAUCCACCCUUCUUUCCAUUCCCAUGGUCCCCACCCUCUCCCUGCAGGCAUCGCCUCACACCUGGCUUACGGCCACAGCUUCCUGCCUGGUUUCCCUGACUCUGCUUUUCGGUAGAGGUGGGGUAAGGACACACAUCACUGAGGGCAGUACAGAGGUGGGUUUGGAGACUGGUGAGCAGCUCAAUUUCAAUAUAGCCAGUGGUUCAUGUUAGGAAAUGGGAAGUAAGACUAGAAGAUUACUAGUUUGCAGAAGGACUUUGAAAUUCGCAUUACAGAUUCAGACUAUUUGGUGGUCAAAGGGACGACAGUUUUGAUUGCUGAGCAGAGAGCCAUUGGACCUUUGGAAACUUGUUUUUGUGGUUCUGGCUGGGAUGGCCUGGGAGGACAUUGGGUACGUACUGGAUACUAGUUCAUUGCAAUAGGCAGGGACAUGAAAGCUUUGCACUGGGAUGGUAGUUAGGGAAUGGAAAUGAAGGGAUGGGACGGAGUGAAGAUAAGUUCUUGUAAUUUGUUUCUCAUAUCACUCCUUUGGGCAGAAACCUUCAGUAGCUGUCUGUUCAUCGCUUUAUCGAGGCCAGGCUUUUAUGCAAGCCGUUACUAUCUGAUCACACUCUGCCCAGCUGGUCUGAUUUUUCAGGUGCGGCAAAUCCUUUGGAGAUAGGGACCACACCUUCUAUUUCUGUAUAGGUUCAGUGAUUACCACAGUGUAGAUGAAUAAUAAAUGCGUGCUGAGUGGUGCAGCCAGAGUCGAGAUCUCCCCACACUUCACACAGCCUCUCAGAUCCUUUUCUCACUGUGACUUUUUCUGGCUUACCUUGCUUUACUGAGAUGCGCGUGUCCUUGAACUCUGACUAGAGAUUCAAAAGUGCUUUAGCGUAUGGAAUUCUGCAUGGGUUUUAUCGGCCAUAGUGGGAUUUAUAUCUGUUCCCAGCUUACGGUCUAGGAAAUGACAGGGGAGCAUGCCACAAUAUAUUAAAUCAGAAAUAGGUUUUCUUUUGGAGAGGGGAGAAUACAUUAUACAGCUCCAACAAGCAGUCAUUUCUCAGGAUGUCGGACAGAUCACCUGCAUGCUCGGGUUGAGAGUAAGCCUGGAAGGUGGUUCCAGUGCAGUUUCUUAUUUAGUGCUUGGUUUGUAGUCUGCCUUGACAUCUCUGUCCCUGUGAUUAUGUCCGUCACCACGCACUUCGGAGAGGGCUGCCCAGACUGCCAGUCGCGCUUAUCUGUGGCGAGGGAAGUGGAGCUGGAGGGUGGGGACAGGAGAGCAAGUUGAAUAAAAAGUUUUCAUUUUUUUUGGUUCUGUAUUCCUUUGUAUUUUUUGUACUUUGAACAUGUAUUCCGGUAUUAUUUUUAUUAUU